AACAUAUUCUUUAUUUCUCAUCAUCUAUCUUACCUACUAUUUUAAAAUUUAUUCUACAAAUAAUAUCAAAAAGUGUCAUUCAAUUUUACACUGUCCACCCAUGCCCCCCGUAUAGUCCUGACCCACCGCUUCUCCUCCGUGCUGUCCGGUGCUCCUCGUCGGGCGCUUCGCUGCCGCCUUGCAAUUGCAACCCACGGCAAAUGCUGCUCGACGAUGAGCGAGGCUAGCAGGAGCCACCUCCUCACCUGGAUCGAUGGCGGCCGUUCAUCUCGGCUAAGAUCCAAAUCUCGGCAUCGGCGGCACCCCUCGACUCUCCCCACGCCCCUAGCCAUCCUAACUGCGACCGUGGAUGAAGAUCUCAAAGAAUCUUGGAGGUGCAGCGGGAUGACAGCGUAGGGAGGCCCAAUGGUGUGAUGUAGCGAGUCCUAACGGUGCUCGGAUCGGGGCGGAUGGCCCCCAGUCUCGGCAGGAGGGACAGGCUUGUACAACAUUUGAUCGAUGAGUCAGUGGGCCUAAAGAAAAUAAAGCAGCCCAAGAUGAUCUCCAUCAUGGGAAUCCGUGGCUCCGGCAAGACCGCACUUGCCACAGAGGUGCAUGAGAGGCAUCUUAGACUAUCUCCAGCAGCUUACCCAUCCCCAUACCCAUAUUCAAACUCUACUCUGCGAACAGCGCAAUCUAUAGUACAAAACAGUGCUUUUGGGUAAACUAUGGGUAGACUGCUGCAGACGGUCUUAGGACAGAGAAAUUCAAUAACUCCGGACACAAUUUGGAUAAAAUGAUGAUCAACAUGGUCAACUUUUCAUCUGACAGCUGCAACCUAAAAGGUAUGUGAUAAUGUUGUUGCACAAGGACCGACCAUACCCGGGUAUAGGGGGAGGGAUGAAUCACGUUUGGAUAAGUUAAAAUCGAAAAUAGGAUCAGGACAUGCAGACGAAAAUGAACUAAUACGAAUGGAAUUUGACGGAAACGAACGGGAGAUAGAAACUUAAUUCGGAAAUAGACAUCCAAUAGACAAAUUCAAAGCUGGUAUAUUAGAUAAGUUGGUAUAAUAUUAUACACAGUUGUUGCAUACAUAAAUUGAAGCACAUGUCCCACUUCACCAUUUGAGGUUUGGAGAGGGGAAACUAAUUGAAGCACAUGAAAUUUAAAGGAGGCGACCAUCCUCGCCAUCCAUGUUUGGCGAGGUCACGUAGCACACAUUAGGGAGGGCUCCAGGGAGCUAUCGGGAGUGGCACGAAUGCUAAGGGCGCAACCAUAGAGCGAAGAUACGGUGGUGAUGGCUCCCUCCCAGGAGCACCCGCGCCUAGGGUUUCCCUAGGGCGCUGGCGGCCGGCCUGGCAGGCUGUGGGAGCUGGGCUGCAUGGGCUGCUUGGUGGUUUGGGUCACCUGCUGGCUGAGGUGAAGUCUGGGCUGCUGGGUCAGCGUGUAGUUGGGCUGGUGGGGGUGGUGGGCCACAGCAGGGAGGAGGCAGAGUGGGCCAACCGCCAAGCUGGCUGCAGGCCGGAUAGAGAAGGAAGGAGGGUUUCCUUAUUUUUCAGCUCUGUUGUUUUAGAGAAAACAAACUCUAACCCAAAGCCAAAACCUAAUCCAAAAUACGAAUCGAAUACUCAAGCAAUUACACUUUGUGAAGAGCACUACCUGAUUUAAUAGUUUCUUUUGAAAAAGAUGAGAGAGAGAGUUAUUAGGUUUCAUUUUAUAAAUAAUAGAAAAUGCUUGUGAGAGUUGCAUGUUGAAUUCGAGUGUAGGCUCAAAUUUAGACAAAGUUUUUUUUCUCGAAAUUAUUUUAUUUUUGAUUCACCUUUAUCAUAGUGUUGACUUGGUCAACAUCACUAUAAGGAUUUGUGUUGCAAACGAUUUUGAAAUUGUGGUUUGAAAGUGAGACAAGGUGGAAAAGUUAACUUAUGUUUGACCAACUGUUUACACACAUUCAUGCAGUUUUUUCGUGAAAGUUGGUCUUUUUAUAAAACGACAAAAACCGGUAUGUUACAAGAAAUUUGGAUGAAUGUCCAUAUAAUUCCUAAUGGUAAGAUCAAUUUUGAUGUAGUUUGAUAUGCAACAGCUAAUGUUUAGAGCAUAAUUGUAUAUCUACUGUUGGAACAGUAACUUAUAAUAUGUUAAGUUGGCCAUUGCAAGUCAAACAUUUCUUACCACUAUUGCUUACUUUAUCUGAAUAUUCAAAUAAAAUUUUGUGAUUUCAAUGUACAUAAUUUGAAAUUGAAAUUAGGCUUGCAUUAUAUAUAUAUAUCUUAAAUAAUGACAACCAUUUCUAUGAUAUAACUUGCCUAUAAAGUUCUUUUUGCUGUGUUAUGACUCGCUUGAGCCAUGCCAGAUAGAAUUGUAUGAGUUGCACACCACAUGUUGGUUGAGUGUUGCCAACCAUUUGUACAACCACAUUACACCAAGGGAAUUAAACAGUUAAAUCACUCGGGUGGAAAUUCACUUAUUAAUCAUAGGGGUUGGGUACCUGUCUUGAAUGCAGUUUUACAAAUGUGUUGUAUGUGAAGCAUUCCGUUGUUUGUAUUGCAUUCCAAAUAAUAAAUCAAGUACAGCUUAAGCAAAAUUCUGGAUACAGCUCACCGCAAACGUAAAUAUUUAAUGCUAUCUAUAACCUUUCUGGCAGAAGACAAACGUCAAACGCGUGAUAUAGACCACGCGCUACACACAGUAUCACCAAGCCCAAAACAUACCAAAAAAAGUUGAACCAAGUGGUUGAGAAUUCCCCUUUUGCUCUCAUGGCCAUGGAGAACACUGCGCCAUGCGGUGACUUCGGGAAGAUCGUGGCCGAUCUUGAGUCUGAGAACUUGGUGGCUAACGUCUCUGCCGUGAAUCAAGCCUCGGCGUUGAUUGCUGGAGGUAAAAUCCCUGAACCCCAGCUUCUGUGCCGCCUGAUCGCUGGUCUUGCUUCCAAUCUGGAGAAGCCUGACCAUGACUCUGCCAUCAAGAGGUGUGUUUCCUUUACUCUAAAGGCAAUCAGGGUGGCCGUCAUCAAGAACCGCAUGAACAUGGAUUCCUCAGCUCGUGGUGAGGCUCUCCAUGCCAUCUGGUGUUGUUUUAUGGAUCAAGGCCUUCGCCGUAUUCAGCGUGAUUCAAAUAUGGUGAGGCUGUGGACAGUCCAGGAUCAAUUGUCUGCAGUCAAAAUCAUAUGUACUUUCUUCCGUCUCUCACCGGUAAACAUCAGUGACACAAGGUGUGUCACAGCCUUCGCCUCACUGAUGUUGUCACCGUACAGCACUGUGGUGUGUGCAUGUGCAGAUGCCCUGCUCUCUUUGCCCCCUGUUGUUCCAGGAUUUUCAUUUGCCAUUGCAAGAGCCUAUUGCCAUAUGCUUGCAACAGUGUCACCACAAUCACCACUUGAGGUAAGCAGCAUGGUUGCGAUGCUUGGUAGGCUGAAGCAAGUAAGUACGACCAUGGUCCACCACCCAGGGUUUAGUGACCUUGCUGUGGAUGUCCUAGCAGCUUUAUCAAAUUGCAAUCUUGCUGUUCGAAAGAAUCUUCUGAACCUGAUGGUGAGGCUCCUCACUCCAAGGAACAUCAGUGCUGUGCUAUUGCUCCUUGAUAAUGAGCUGAAUAGGGCUGCUAACAUCCAUAUCGAGUACCACAAGAUGCUAGAGGAGGCGAUCAGAGAAUGCCAUGCUGCUUUUCCGGGGUGUAUUGUAGAAUUCACACUAGAUCCCAAGUACAGUGUGUUCAUUGAUAGUAUUCUGUACAUCAUAGACAUCAUGAAUCCCGACCAGUCGUUGCGAGGCCCACUUCUGAAAGGUCUACUAAGGGCGCUCCGGCAUGUGAAGUCACCACUGGUAUGCGCCGCUGCUGUUUGGGCCAUCUCAAUGUUCUCUGGAUCACUGGAAGAGGUCAGUGAUGCCAUUGUUGCACUUUCAUGCUUCUUCAAGGACCUGCUUGAUCGACGUAAGAUUGAGAAGCUGAUACUUGGAGGAGAAGCGGAGAAUCAAUACAAGCUUUCUACUGACUAUUAUGGUGUCACUGCCGGAGAUGCAACACAGGGAAAGCACCAGCAGCCAUGGCUGAUGGAGAUGGAGGAACUGCUGUUUGUGCGCAUAGGGCUCACACGGCAAGCAGGUGGGAGCUAUGCCAUUCCUUCGAGUUCCAAGAGCAGUGCUAGUUCUUCAAACGCGUAUCUUCCUGAGCCAUUGGGUAAUACAGACAAUCUGAUCUUCCUCGUGCAUUCUGGAGAUGCCCUCUUGGCAGAUUUCGUGGAAAUCAUGCUGUCUAACCUCAAGAAGAAGGUCAAAGAGCUGGAGUGAUGCUGAUGAGUUCAUUUGAUGUAAUAAUUUGGAGGUCAAAUAACUAGAAAUGGAGUCGUUGAACCUUGGCCAAUCGUACCUCAAUAUGCAUAAUAAUGCUGUCUUCUGUGUGCUUAUUACUUCUAUUAUUACUAUAUUAUCACUGAUACUUUUUCUAUUCAACAUUUUGCCA